GGCCUAGUGGUGUGUUUGUAAAUGUAUUUUCUGAUGGUAGGCCGAUGUUAAUAUUAAUGGUUGUCGCGUGACUACUUGCUCAUGGAUUUAUCACUAAUCCCAUCUGCACGCACAUGUCACCCUCAUCCAGUAUCACUACGCGUUUUAUUUGAUUCACUGAAAAUGCAACAUGGGCCUGGUCAUUUAUCUUGUGUUCCCAUAAGAAGAUUUCUCAUUCAAGAUGGGAAAAUGAGUAAUUUUGUGGUGGUUUGAGAGUUACAGAAGUGAUUAAGGAUGGAGAACUACUUUGCACGCGGAUGAAUACAAGGCGAGCCCAGUGCGUUAAUCCAUAAUCCCUUUCCGCUGAGCCGACCGUCGCACAAAGCCGUACAGAUGUCUAAAUCUCACGCUGGAAAUCACACACUUCGUCUCCGUUUUCGACGUCGCUGCUCUGAUGUAUCAUAUGGUGGAGGUUUUCUGGUCUGAAACAGUAUUUUUGCUGGCAUUUUUGGGGCCUUUUCGGAGGUGGAAAGGGGUCUUGUUUUGAUGCUUAAUCGGCUCAGGUAAAUGGAUCUGCAAGAGCAAGUUGCGCAUAGCAUGCAAGAUCUAGCCGAGGCUUGGGUAGCGGCCAACACAGAAACCAGCUUCAGACGGUCUCAGCAAGAGGCAGUCGGUCCCGCCGCCUCAUUUUCCGAAGACCUGUCAACGUCAGACACCCCUCAAGAUGUCAUCGCCGUGGCCCUGCCCCCUCCAGAAGACCAGAGGGCGCCCUCAGUGUCCAGCCAGUGCCAGGUUUCAUCCGCCAGCAGGACCGCCGUGGUGCCAGCGUCGCGCAAACGCAAGCAGGCCAGCCCUCAGCCCUGCCGAGAAACAGUCGACGUGGUUGGUGCCCCGUUGCCUGCCAAGGUCCCAGCGAAAGAGAAGAUACCUGUCGACUCUAAACAUGGUAAAAUGCUGCCAGUUCAUUGUUCCAUCGAGACAGUAGACCUGCCCUCAACCAAAGAAAAGGACAGCGUCGUGGAGGGUUAUGCCAUCGUGCCAAGUACCUUACUCCUGAAGGAACUGGUCCGAGUGGCUCUGAUCAAACUGGACUAUCCAAAGGACCAGAUCCGCAAUGCUACUGGUGUCAUUCAGGUGCAGAAUUGGAAGGCCCUACCCUUCAGCAUGAUCACGGAGGAUCAACAGGCCACGGUUGGGCAGAUACUAGGUGACCUCCUCUCCUACAUCACCCUCAAGAUCAAAAUAGCCAGCAGUCGCACCUCACACCCACGCGGCACCCCUUCCUCCUCGGCCCUCAACCCUUCCCCCUCCCCUCUCCAGCUGGGCCUGCAGCCCACCCUCCUUGGCUUUCCCCUCAAGCGCUCGGCCGGCCAGGAGUCCUUGGGGUCCAGGGCAUGCCAGGAGAUACGCCUCAAGCUGCUGCAACUGCUUGAGAAGCGGGGACCCACGAUGCUUGUCAGCCACGGAUGCCCAUUCUCUCAGGGCACUGUUCUCGCAAUCCUCCAGGGCAAAUACACCAAACCCAUCCAGCCGGAGAAAAUGCAGUCCUUCUAUCAGUGGUACAACAUCUACAACGGCCUGAUGGACAACACGCUGGUCUCGGCAGAGAAACUGGACAGCAGUUUACCAGUCAAGCCCAGCUCGCGCCACUGGCGCCGGCCACGGACCCUCUUUGACCAGCGCUACGAGCUCCCCCGCCUGAUGAGCUGGUACCGCAUGAACCCUCGGCCCAGUCGGGCUGAGUUGGAGAUCUACCUGGCCGAGCUCAACUCCUCGGAGAGGCGGCGCAACUCCCACCCACUCCAGUACUCUUCAAUCGCGAUCUGGUUCAAGAACGCACGGGCGAAGUAUCGCGGCCUGCGUGGGUUGAGCCCGGACUCACCCGAGUCCGAACGCAUGCCACGCCCUGGCAAAGCACCAAGUGGCUCUGUCGCAGAGCGGCGCCGUGAAUCUAUCAACGGUCCGCGCCAGGCUUACAUCCAGUUGGGCCACUCAAAGGCAAAAAACGAUAGCAGGUCACGGUUUGCCAACCAGAAUCGCGCCCCCCAGAAAUCUGCAGAUUUGACCCCAAGGGCCCAACCCAGAAGUAUGACGUGUUUGAGGACAAACCUGAGCAAUGGCCAUAUCACCACAAGCAACCACUCAAGUACCUUGUUGUCAACUCCCGAUCUUUCCUCACUAAGAAUGUCUAAAGCUCUCAAUAGCAGCAGCAGUUCUGAGCAAGCAGUCAUCCCCACACCUUCAAGUAGUGCCACUGCGUCAUCACAAGUGACUGACAUUCGCAAGAUAGCAUCGGGGUUUGGCAUCAUGCUGUCACCGUCUGUGCAAGACGUUACAACCCCUGAGCGCAAACUCCUGCCCAUUGAGAGUAUCAAAACAGAAGAGCCGAUGUCUACAAGUACGACGGCAACUUCCAAACAUGACUCUAGCUUAGCACUCAAUCUAUCCAACUCGAAACAAGCCACACCCAGUGCCAAUUCCACUUCAGCCACCAAUAAUUCCGCUUCUGCCGUGAACAAUCCCACUUCUGCCACCAAUCAUCCCACUUCUGCCACCGCCCUGGUUGUCCCAUCAGUUAGCAUGGCGCCUUCAAGCAGCAUUACCCCGAUUCGAAUACCAACAACUACCAUGGCACACAACAGCAUGGCAAAUGGACCCACGCAAGCACACCCCAAGCACGCCUCUCUCACAGACACCCCACGGGGGUUGAGCAUUCCGCAGCAGAACAGCACGCCGAAAAGCCUGCCCAGCCGGCCGACCCGGAAGCGCUUCAACAUCCACCCGAGCUUGGAGGUGCCCAAGCUGCAGGCCUGGUUCUGCGUCAACCCCAAACCGGACCGCCACACCAUUGACCAGUUCGUUGCCGAGCUAAACCGUACAGAAUUCCGCAAGAACCAACCCAAGUAUGACAGCAGGAUCGUGUAUGUGUGGUUUAAGAACGCGCGCGCCAAGUACUCGCGACAGAAAAUCAAAGAAGGGGAUGACAGCAAUGCUGACACAUCCAAUUUGACCCUGACCUAUUCUAGGGUCAUCCAGUUGUAGCAAAGGACGAUUUUCAACAUUGCAAAUACUAAAGUACUACUUUAAGAUGUCAAAUUUUAAAUUUACUCUUGGUUGGGUUAUCGGGAAUGGAGGUAGUUCAUUGUAACUUAUUGAAGUUUUGAAGCACUUUUUAUGGAAUCGACUUACAUACAUAGUCCUCAGCUUGGGUUUUUGUGGAAAAUUCUUGUGGGAAAAGUUAGUCUGAUGUUUCAAGUUUGAUUAAUUGAUGCAUUUAUAAACAUGUGCACUGUAUAGUAGACGUGCAUUCACGAAUAGCUGCAUCUACAAUGUCAUUGGUAACAACUCCAAACUCAGUUUAUUUUACGAUAAGGAGUGUCACAAUUUACAUGUGUAACAGCUCUUAUAAUGAAUAGCAUACUCAUUUUAAUGUGCUGAUCUUAGUUUAUUUCAAACUCAUUUGUUUUAUUGAAAUAAUAGACAAACAAUUGUACAUUUAUUUAUGCUGUUUGUUGCUGAUCCUGAAAAAUGUACUUUCUUUUGAAUAUGUUUGGUUUCACUGACAUGUACCGGUACAUGUAGUUUCUUACCACAGUUUUGCCAUGAUACCAAAUUGUUUUAGAAAAGUUAGUGUACACAUAGUUUGUGUCAAUUUGUGUUACAUUUACAUGUAUGUAGCAUUCUUCAAACAAUCUGCCAAAACUCCAUCAAAUAUAUGUUACAUAAUGAUUAUGUGUUUCACAAAAAUUGAAGUUGUACAUGUGUAUUAGAGUUUUUAGAAAUCACAUCACAUUGAUUAAAAUGACAUCUCACUUUACGAAUAUUUAUAAAAAAAAAUGCAAUUUUUAUAGAUUACUACUAGAAUAAGUACAGUUGUACAAAUUAAUGAUUACAGAGUUUUUGAAUUGUACAAAAUUUCACAUUAUUUAUUUCUGACUGUGCCUUUUUUUAUUACAAAGAUCCUAGUGUCUGAGAGUCCAGUGGUCACUUUAUUAAUUAGAAAUCACUUUUCAAGGUUUAUGGAAAAUUUGUAUUUGAGUGUUUAUCGUUAAAUCUAAAACCAAGCAAAUUUUCAAUUACGUGUACAUGUAAUGUCAUCAUUGCUAUUUUUUUUUUUUUUU